AUGGUCAGAAUUAGCGUUCUUAACGAUGCGCUCAAGAGCAUGUACAACGCGGAGAAGCGCGGGAAGCGGCAGGUGCUGAUCCGCCCCAGCUCCAAGGUCAUCAUCAAGUUCCUCACUGUCAUGCAGCGACACGGUUACAUCGGCGAGUUCGAGCUGGUGGACGACAGGCGGGCGGGCAAGAUUGUCGUGGAGCUGAACGGACGGCUGAACAAGUGCGGCGUGAUCAGCCCGCGUUACGAUAUCGCUGUCGGCGAUAUUGAGAACUGGACCGAGCGCCUGCUGCCCUCCCGUCAGUUUGGUUACAUUGUGCUCACCACGUCUAGCGGCAUCAUGGACCAUGAUGAGGCCAGGCGGAAGAACGUGGGAGGCAAGGUGCUCGGCUUCUUCUACUAA